CUCAGCACCAGCCUUUGAACAACUCCCCUCUCCACCAUCUCCUUCCUUCCAAGCCACCAAAGCCAUGUCGCACAAUCCCCAAAACAAACCAGUAAUCGCCGUCGUCGGUGCAGGACCCGGGAUAGGAGAAGCAGUCGCCCGACGCUUCGUCUCCUCAGGCUUCAUCGCUGCCCUCCUAGCCCGCACGGAAGGCAAACUACAGACCAUGGUCUCCGGUAUCACCUCUUCCUUUGGUCCCGGAACAGCAAGAUAUUAUCUCACGGACUUGCGAAUCGAAUCUCAAGUUCAAUCAAGCUUCAACCUCAUCCACUCAGAGCUCGGUCCCGCCUCGGUACUGAUCUACAACGCAGGCGCUCGACGAGUAAACGGGCGCUCAAUCCUUGACACGACGUCCGAGGAAUUUGAAUCCUUCACUAAAAUCAACCUCUUCGGUGCAUUUUGGGCAACUAAAUGUGUACUCCCAGAUAUGCUCGCCGCGGAGAAAGGCACAAUAAUCUUCACCGGCGCAACGGGUUCCCUGCGCGGAUCCGCUGGACUCUCCUCUUUCUCACCCGGGAAAUUCGGGUUAAGGAGUUUGGCACAGAUUAUCACGUGGGAGUACCAAGCAAAGGGGGUUCAUUGCGCGCAUCUUGUGAUGGAUGGGCCAGUGGAUGGGAAGCUGAUUGGUGGUGUUACGAGGAGGAAAUGGGAGAGGGAAGGGGAGAAGGAGAAGUUGAUAGAGGUGGAGAGGUAUAUUAUGCAGCCGAGAGAUCUGGCUGAUAUAUACUGGUUCUUGUAUGAGCAACCCAGGAGUACGUGGACGCAUGAGCUGGAUGUUAGGGCGCAGAAGGAGAGCAUGUUUUCUAAGCUUUGAGUGUUUGGCGGGGGCCGCUGCUUUGAAGUGACAAUGUCACAUUUUUUUAGGGUGCAAAGUCGGACUUAACGUUCUGAUAAUGUACGAGGAUCUUAUACAUUAC